AGCACAAAAAGAGAAGAAAGACUGUAGCGUUGCUUAGUCGUCGGAGCAAACCCACAAGAAAUAGUAUUGACGCGUGCUUCAGAUUUACAAAGACCAUGUCUUCCUCCUUCUUCAUUCUUUCCCUCUCCUACUCUAUUUCAACAAAUUAUUAAUAUCUGAGAUAUCCACACACACACGCAGCGAGGAGAGAGGCAGCGAAUUUGAUCGCGUAAAGUCAGAGCCUUUGAUCUCUGAAUCACUCUCUCUGAGUUCACAGGUCUGUCUUAUUACAAUGUGGGGCUCCUGUUUCUCAUGCCACAAGAGUGGAGGAGAACCUUCACAAGUUGAUAGAGAGAUCUCAGCGAUAAUCAAGGUAAAGAUUUACAAAUAUAAAGAGAUUCGUCAAGCUACUGAUGAUUUCGACCCCCUGAACAAAAUUGGAGAAGGAGGGUUUGGUUCUGUGUACAAGGGCCGUCUUAAAGAUGGAAAUAUCGCAGCUAUCAAAGUCCUUUCCGCCGAGUCAAGACAAGGCGUGAAAGAGUUCUUGACUGAGAUCAAUGUCAUAUCAGAGAUACAGCAUGAGAAUUUGGUUAAGUUAUAUGGAUGCUGCGUGGAAAGGGAUCACAGGAUUCUUGUCUACAACUAUCUCGAGAACAGUAGCCUCGACAUGACGCUUCUAGCUGGGGGAUACAUUAAGAGUGGGAUACAGUUUGAUUGGAGAACUCGGUCCAGAAUCUGCGUUGGUGUUGCUAAAGGUCUUGCCUUUCUUCAUGAAGAAGUAAGGCCUCACAUUAUUCAUAGAGAUAUCAAAGCGAGCAACAUCCUACUUGACAGAGAUUUUUCUCCCAAGAUAGCUGACUUUGGACUCGCCAAGCUUAUGCCGCCGAACAUGACUCAUGUCAGCACUCGUGUCGCCGGUACAAUUGGUUAUCUAGCGCCAGAGUAUGCGGUUAGGGGACAGGUUACGCGCAAAGCUGAUGUUUACAGCUUUGGAGUCCUUCUGAUGGAGAUAGUCAGUGCAAGAAGUAACAAAAACACACGGUUACCCCAGGGGUAUCAAUAUCUUCUAGAAAGAGCUUGGGAUCUUUAUGAGCGAAAUGAGCUCGUGGAUCUCGUCGACACAGGGCUAAACGGAGUCUUUGACGGAGAGGAAGCUUGCCGGUACUUAAAAAUAGGUCUUUUGUGCACGCAAGACAAUCCUAAGCUAAGGCCAAGUAUGUCCACAGUGGUGAAGCUGUUAACAGGGGAGAAGAAGGAUAUAGAGAGCAGGAACAUAACCAGACCGGGUUUGAUUUCUGAUUUUAUGGACUUGAAAGUGAAAGGACCGGUCGAGAAAAAGCCAGAGGAAGUGAACAGACGCAGCAACUACUACACGAAUCUUUCUUCAGAUAAUGCCUCGUCUAGCACCGGGACUAGAGAUAACUCAAAUGCUUACUCGUCAGGGGCUUCUUCAUCUACUGCGGUUUCUACACUCAGCAGUACCAUUUAGAAAAGAAAAGGAGAAAACGUUUUUUUUUUGUCUUUGAUGUUUUUGUGGUCCCAUCAUCAUCUUCUUCUUCCUUGGACCCAAACAGAAGGUUUCUUUCUGUUAGAUUUUGUCUUUAGUUGCAAUCAGAGAUUUGUGUGUAUGUAUAUAAGAUUGAAACCGUAUCUGAAUUGGUCCCCAAAAAAUAGUUAUGAUGUCUGAUA